AUGGAGGAUAUCCAAGCCGAGGGGCGGCCCGAUCUGCAGACCUUUGAUAGCUCGGGUACCAACAGCAGUAGUAAUGACGCAGAGUGCGGGCCGGGGCAGGACAGCAGCGCGUACAGCGACAGCGACGGCAUCAGCUCGCGCCAUUUCAGCUCCAACGGUGGCGCCGACGAGGUGACUCCACUUACCAAUUGGAGCAGCUAUGGAUGGACGCCGAAUAGCAGUGUUUCGUCACGGACGAGAGGGCCUGGAUCUUUGGGACCCGGGAGUGUCGCUGCCACGCCGCAGUAUGAGACUCUACCGCCUGGGUCUGCCGUUAUGAAUGGCAGUCUACCAACCAGAACACCACGACCUGGAAACACUCGCCAACCUAGCAACGCCUAUGCACCUGCGAGACGACCGCAUCAAUAUUCCCUCAACACUUCGACUCGCCCACGAAAUACAUCCACCCACAGGAGCAAGAGGAACCCCAACGCAGAAUACAGGGCGCAGGAAAAGGCCUACGUCCAGCGGAUACGGCAAGAUGCGCCACAAGAUGACUUUUACGCCGAGCCGCGGACGCCCAGCUUGGACUAUAGCUCUGGGUCGGAAUCUGAUGAGGACUCUCCCACCAACGCCAACUAUGUCGACCACGACCCUGCCGAAGCGGAUACUCUAUUGUACUACGGUGAUGAUCUCGAACCUUCGAUGGAAGAACUGAAAAUUCCCGCGAAUCGCGAGAGAUUGGAAUGGCAUGCGAUGCUGGCCAAUGUCUUGACUGGAGAUGUCGUGAAGCAGGAGAAGAAGAGAUUGAUUGGUGGGCCGGAAGAUAAAGGCGAGAAUACGCUCAAAACGGAGGUGUGGAUAGGCGUGAGAGCCAAGACUUGUGGCAGAUCAAUUGCGGCGCAGAAACGGUUGAUUGAAGACGGACGGGCAAAGAUCAAGCAAGCCAUUGAGGGCAUCGUUGCGUUUGAGAUCAAAGGCGAGGCUGAGGUGGGCAAAUCGCCUGUCGAGCAGGUGCAGGAGGUCGUGAAAAAGAUCGAAAAGAUAGAAGGCCUGUACCCGACUCGACAGGCUUUUGAAGCUGCUCACCCUCGUGCUGCGUCGACCGCGUACAAAGAGACUUGCGAUGCUGUCAUAGCAUGGCACAACACCACCGAGCUCAUCAACACGGAAUUGGGCAUUCUUCAGGCUUGGGUCGGCAAUCUGGAGCUGGACUUUACGAAAGCCCGCACCAGGCCUGAAGGCGAGCAACACAACCACCUCUUCGACGACAGCUCUUUCAUUGAUCGGAUCUUGAAAGAGGACGGUCUGAAGUCGUUGCAAGGUGAAAAGAGUUUGCUGAACGGAGUCAAUAUGGUCAUCCACAAGGCAAAGGCCACGCUGAUAGGCAACGCCGAAGCUUUCGCUGACCGCCAUCUCCCGCCAUACAUUGAGGAACUACUAACUUUAAUCAACUUCCCGAGUCGUCUCAUCCAGGAAAUUAUCCGCAUGCGAUUGUCGUAUGCGAAGAAGAUGAAGGACCCGUCUCAGCAAGGCGUCAUGACUGCUGAGCAGAUGAUUCUGCAGUUUCAGAUUCUGCUUCAGCUUGCUGUGAAAAUCAAGGAGGCGUACAAUAUUGUCGCACAGCCCGAAGCAGGUUGGGAUCUACCACCUUGCAUUGACGACAACUUCGACUCAGUCAUUCUCGAUGCGUUGAAGUUUUACUUCAAGAUGCUCAACUGGAAGCUCAUGGCAAACAAGAACACCUUCAAGGAAGCUGAGAUUCUGGAACAGGAGUGGGACUUUUCAAACGAGCUGGGCCGGUACCUGGAUGGAGGUGAUGUUGAGGUGGCCGAACAGUUCUCCAGCUUGACCUCCAAAUCCAUGGGCCGCCUAGCAGCGCAUUUCGAGAAAGAGCUUCAGCGACCGCCGGAUGAAGUCGCUGGAACCGCCGAGAUGGACAAGCGAUACAAGUCUAUCCUCGACUCUGUCCGUGUCCGCCAGCGAAAGAUUUUCCGUUUCGGCAGGAUCCUUAGCCAGCGAUUCGAGAAUGCCACCGAGUACAGCAUCAACAUAGACAGCGAGCUGUACGAGGACCUUCUUCAUACCUUGAAGAUGACGGGCCAUUUUCUCGUCGAGACCCCGUCUUCCAGCCCGCUGACACCUGGUGAGGAAAGCAAAGUGGGGAGCAGGAUGUACAUCCUCGCAAGUCCGGCACUCAGAGACCGAUCGAAAGAUAUCCAGAGCAUGCUCGGUACAUGCUACCACGCCGAAGACAGUCCUGAGGAUCCGAGCAACCCUUACAUUGUGAUACUUCGACCAGAAAAUCCCCUUCUUUGGGAAGGUUCGAGGAUCGAAGUGUCAUUGGGACCUGUAGGUAAUGAGAUGCUCAAGUCGGCACACUCGCUGGAUCUCAAGACCGGACGACUACGACUUGUCGCUGACGGCAGCCAACAAAGACUAGCGAACGCAAACAUGGCCUUCCAGAACGCAGUCGGUAAUUUCGAACUCACGGUCUUGGUCGAGCAGCGUGCCAAUCUGCCGCGGGUCAACCAGGAACUCGCCAAGAUAAGAAAGACUGCGCACAAGCUCUCCAAUACCAUCAUGGACUCUGUUGCGAUAGUACGCUCGCAGACGGAAGCCGCUGGUCGGAAAUGGGAGAGUCAAGAGCUCAUCCAGACCUGUUUUGCUUUCGCUACGGAGUUUGGACAGCGUUCGGCUAUUCACAUGGAUGCGCAGCGAAGACUUGACAAUCAGCACAAGCUCACGAAAUUGGCGCUCGACUGGGUGUCGUUCAUCUGUGAUGAUUGCGUUGCGUCUGACCGAAAGACCUUUCGGUGGGCAGUGGUCGCUCUGGAAUUUGCCAUGGUCAUGACAAGAGGGCAGAGCAUUUUGACCAUGACUGAUGACGAAUACGGCAUCUUGAGAAGCAAGGUCGCAGGCUGUAUGAGUCUGCUCAUCAGCCACUUCGACAUCAUGGGCGCCAGAGGAACUGUUGCUGCUCAGGCCGAGAAGCAGCGAAUGGAUGCCAUGGUUGGCAAGCUUAGACUGGAUGUGGGUAAGUUGAAGGACGACGAAGAAAGCUCCAAGAUUGUACGCAUGCAGUGGCUUGAUGAGCUGGAGAAGUUGGAUCAAGCGAGGAAAGAUCGCGAGGCUGAACGACAAGCUCUCGGACGAGUGCUUGAAGACUCGAACGACGCUGAUCGAGCGUUGACGCAUCUCUCUGCUUCUGCCGGUAACGUGCAUCUACGAUGGCAGCAGGGACAAUUCGUCGGCGGUGGCACCUUCGGAUCCGUCUAUGCCGCCAUCAACCUGGAUAGUGGCCAUUUGAUGGCUGUCAAGGAAAUCCGACUGCAAGACCCGAAGAUGAUCCCCACGAUCGUGUCGCAGAUCCGUGACGAGAUGGGCGUUCUCCAAGUCCUCGAUCAUCCCAACGUCGUCCAAUACUACGGCAUCGAGCCUCACCGAGACAAGGUCUAUAUCUUCAUGGAAUACUGCUCAGGCGGGUCACUCGCCGGCCUUCUCGAGCAUGGUCGCAUCGAAGACGAAACCGUCGUCCAGGUCUACGCUCUGCAGAUGCUGGAAGGUCUCGGCUAUCUCCACGAAGCCAGCGUCGUCCACCGUGACAUCAAGCCCGAGAACAUCCUCCUCGACCACAACGGCGUCAUCAAGUUCGUCGAUUUCGGUGCCGCGAAAGUCAUCGCCAAACAAGGCAAAACCGUCGUCGUUGACGGGCCGGAUGGCCGCGGGCGCCAGAAAAGCGUCCAAGGCACGCCCAUGUACAUGUCUCCCGAAGUCAUCAAAGGCGGCCGACAUCCUCACGCCCGACUCGGCGCCGCGGACAUUUGGUCUCUCGGCUGCGUCAUUUCUGAAAUGGCCACCGGCUCCCGCCCCUGGGCCAACAUGGACAACGACUUCGCCAUCAUGUACAACAUCGCCAACGGCAACUCGCCCCAAAUGCCCACGCACGAGCAGAUGAGCGACGUGGGACUGGACUUUUUGAACCGCUGCUUCGAGCGAGAUCCCGCCAAACGAGCUAGCGCGGCGGAAUUAUUGCAGCACGAGUGGAUUUUGAGUAUUAAAGUGCAGUUGAGCCUUGAACCCGGGACGCCUGCUACGCCGAGUGUGAGCAGUGAGGGAAGGAGUGGGUUUGAUUUGGCGACGCCGGUUAGUGCGGGGAGUAGCAAUGGCAGGGAGAGAGAGGGGUCGAGUUUGAAGGAGGAGGUGGAGGUUGAGGAGGUUGGUGAUGCGGAGGGCGAGGGCGAGGGUGAGGUCGAGGGAGGGGAGGAGUAG